AUGGGCCCUGCUGGCAUUUCGUACCCUACGCUAAUUUCAACAAGCAACAAAUCGUUGAAUAAUUAUCUUGAAGCGGUUAAACUAUCUCCAUCCAAUUCUCUUAAUGGAAUUCGAACAACCGAAUCGGUUAGCUCGCAGACAACAAUUAGCACUUAUCGAAGUAGUGAAUAUUGCAGAGACAAAUAUACUUUUUCAGGCUUGAAGGUAUAUCUAAAGUCGAGAGACUCAAUGUAUGUUGAUAACAUAUAUUUUGGAAAUUCUACAAUUCUUAGCUCGAAACAAAAACAAAAUGCAGAUCUAGUUAAAAUAAAAGGCGGACACAAACAUAAAAUACAUCUUUCUAAGAGGAAAAAGAAUUCGGCUUCCGGGCGAAUAGAUCAGGGCAUUCUUGAUAUAGGUAGCAAUGAGAUGGAGGUGUUGAAGUACAUUGUACAGUAA